AUGCCGCAGGUGAGGAUUUCCCAGCCGGGGCUGAGGCUGCGGCGCCGGCACUGCCAAAGACUUUCGUUCUGGCUGAGUUGCCUAGUGGGCUACGAGGGAUGUGUAUUUUACCGUUUCUUUGCUAGCUACGACAACGACUCGCCGCGUAAUAUCGGCUUUCGCCUCUUCCAGCUCCUCCGCUGCCUCUCUUACAUGCAGCUGGGGGACUUCGCAGAGCCGCUCCGGGCUGAGCUGCCCCCCGCUGAUCCCAAACGCUCUUGUUUUCCUACAGCCCGCCUGACGGGGAGUCAAAUGUGCCGGCCUCAUCUGAUCCACAGCCCCGGCAUCCCUUGGCUGGACAGCAGCAAGGCGGCACUGUCUGCCCACCACCACAACCCCUGGACCGUCAACCCCUUCACCAAGACCCCCCUGCACCCCUCUGCAGCCGGAGCCAGCCUCUUCCACCCCGGCAGCUUCCUGGGGGGCCCCGCGUCCAGCUUCACCCCCAAGCCGCGAAGCAAGGCCAGAUCCUGUUCAGAAGGCAGAGAGUGUGUGAACUGUGGAGCAACUGCUACCCCUCUCUGGAGAAGAGACGGCACCGGGCAUUACCUGUGUAACGCCUGCGGGCUCUACCACAAAAUGAAUGGUCAAAACCGACCUCUCAUUAAACCUAAACGAAGGCUGUCAGCGGCUAGGAGAGCAGGGACUUGUUGUGCCAACUGUCAGACAACCACCACGACCUUAUGGCGACGUAAUGCAAACGGGGACCCAGUUUGCAAUGCCUGUGGACUCUACUAUAAAUUGCACAAUGUGAACAGGCCUCUGACCAUGAAAAAGGAAGGAAUUCAGACCAGGAAUAGGAAAAUGUCCAACAAAUCAAAGAAAAGCAAGAAAGGCUCCGAGUGCUUUGAGGAACUGUCCAAGUGCAUGCAGGAGAAAUCGUCUCCCUUCAGCGCUGCUGCCCUUGCUAGUCACAUGGCGCCCAUGGGGCAUUUGCCACCUUUCAGCCACUCUGGACACAUCCUACCAACACCUACCCCCAUCCACCCAUCUUCCAGCAUCUCAUUCGGACAUCCACACCCAUCCAGCAUGGUUACAGCCAUGGGAUAAAACCCGAUGACCGAGAGAACCACCCAGAGAUUAAGACCUUGGGGCUUUGCCUAAGACAACACCAAGUAAGAAAAGGUUCUGCCAAGAGGAGAACGUAGGGAUGGCAAAAGGAGAUCUCUGCUCCCAUGUGGUUUAACUCUUAAUGCUGGACUAAAACCUUGCAAACGAUGGGUCUUCUGCAGAAACGCAUAGUGGUGCCUGUAAUGCACUUUGCCCCCUCAGGUAUAAGGAAAAAGAAGAACUCGCCUGUUCGAUGAGAAAUGGUCCAGCAGAAAGCAAAAGGUGGCAGAAGCUGAAGGAAGAGGCUGGAACUGGCUUUUCUUUCUCUCUUUGGUAUUACUGUGAAUAUUGUAAAGAGAUACUAGCAGCCUCCCAGGAUGGAAUCGGCUCACUGGAAGCCACACAUGCUGGAUUUCUAUCGUGGACUUUGUCUGGGGAGGGGAAAAAAAAGAAAAAAGGACAUCUUUAUAAAAACUUAAUUUUUAAUAUGAAAUCAGACACAAAGUCAUAUUUAUUUUGCUCAUGUUUUCCACAAAACGCCUCAACCCCUCUGAUUGCAUGUUUUUGUGCUGUUGUUUGGAAUCGCCACCCUGCAAGAAAACCUGGCUUCAUAACAAGGGGAGGGGGGGACUGGAUUAACUUCAUCUGUCUUUCAUACCAAAGUAUCUGCUAGGAAGGGGAGAAGGAGAGAGAGAGAAAAAAAAAGAAAUAAAGCAAAAAUUUAGGUGUAAUGCGGGAUUUUAAUGUGCCCAAGAUGGUGAUUACUUUGACGCAAUUUCUUCGUUCUUUUCCCUAACAUGAAAGAUUUAUUAAAAAAAAAAACAGUCCCCCCUCCCAAAUGCCCUAUUGUUCCUCAGAACAGACAGCUAGAUCGGACAAACUGUUGGGAAGAGACUCGUGGGAAGGCAAUCCUGCACUAGCGAGGGGCGAGAUACCGGCAUUCACCAGUCUGCGUCGCAGCUAACUUCUAGCGCAGCAGAAACCAUCGCAGGGCAUAAAAACAUCCAGCGCGCAGACUUUGGAGGUUGAAGCAUUUUGUUCUGUUGUGUUGGCAGCUGUCACUUAAAAAAAAAAAAAAAAAGCAGCUUAGCUGCUUGGGUAAACUUACGGCAGUGUGGCCACCACGUCCCCACGCAGCCAGCCCGCGCGUGUGCUGUCUCAGGCGGCCAGGCCCCGGUGGACUUCACAGGGAGGAAGGGCAGAAACGAGGCUGAGAUCACUGGAGAGGGGAAAGGGAGAGACAAUCAGUUUGAGCUUCACACAUCCGUCAAAUCCCAGACGCAGCGACAGCUGAUGAGACGAGGGAAAGCACCGUUCUUAGGGGAACGUCCGUUUUCCGUAGCGCGUUUUAUAGGAAAAAAAAAAAACCAACAAAAAAAAAAAGGAGAGAGAGGGAAAAAAAGAAAUCCCCCGUUAUUAAACCAUAUUGUACGUAAACGACCGAAAACAAAGCUAUUGCCAAUGUGAAGUGUAUUCUAUUGAUUGUUAUGAUCUGAUGCCUCUCGUGAACACAAGCUCCACUAUAACAUACAAUGUACAUAUUUAGCUAUACUUCUGAUGAAAAUGCCCCAAUGAGCAGAGGGGUUUGAUAAUGUAAACCACGUAAGCUUAACUCUGUGACAAGCUUCUUAUUUUAUUUUUUUUUUAACUUUUUAACUUUUUUUGUUGUUGGGGUUACUCUUUUUUUUUUUUUUUGGAUCAAGCCAAUUGUAUCUUUACUGCAAAAGAAGUCCUGCUUUAAAGAAAAAAAAAACACAACGAAACAAAUAACAGUGGAUGUACAUUUUGUUUUUUUCUAAAUAUCUAAUUCAAAUAUUUGAUAAUGAACUAAGGACCAAGCAGCCACGGAAUAUCCUGCUUUCCUCCUUUUUCUGGUCUGCGUAGGCAUAUAGGUGCACUUUGUAAAGAAGUGGAAAUAAACGGGAAACAAAAUUGGUUGGGAGAAAUCAUAAGAAUUUUUAAUCUACUGAGGUAAAAAAUUGGGUCCUUUUUACUUUUUACCUUUACAAUGGUACAGUUGUACGUUAUUUGUACCCGACUCAAAUUUCUGUAGGAUUGGGGCAGGGGGCGGGGAGGGGAUGUGGGUGGAAGACAGGGAUUACUGAUACAGUUGACAAAGUGCAAUAUAUUGUCAGUCACUGCAGCAUAGACAACGGCAGUCGAGAUUUAAAUUAUUUUGUACUUGUAUCAGCAUAAAAAAAUUCUGCAGUAUUUUCUGUUUUUAAU